UCAUGCUAUAGGAUGCAACCGCUGGUUCCAUUGUUAAGUCAUGCCUUGCUUGCAUUUGGCUAGAGGAUAGAACUUUAGGUCAAUGUGCUAUUUUUUUUUUGAACUUUGCUGGUAUUCUCUACAGCUUGACUUUGAUUAGAGCAAAUAUACAAUUUUUUACAAUAGGCAUUUGAGUACCUUGCAAUAGACAUUUUUGUCAAAUAGUACAUGCAUUUUCAGUAAUUUCCUAUAGAGAAUUAUAUCAAUUAUUAAAAGCAGUUCAUACUUUCCAGUGGGCAAAUACAUCAAAUAUGAGAAGCAGUUCAUUACUUUCCAGUGGGCAAAAACUGAGUUCAGUGAAUGGUGUGUUGUUUACCGGUGGAUCAGAGAAGCAAGGUGUAUAUUUUGAGACAAUAAAAAAAAAAGUGUUUCAGUAUGUUUUGGACAGGAAUGAUGCGGGUGAAUCAUUUCCUUUAUUUGCUCAAUGCCUAGGCUUUGAGCUUGACAAUAAUAUCUUGGAGACUUUUGAUGCCCAGAAUCAAGCAUCUACUCUUCAGUUUCCCAGCUAUUCUUUUGAGGGCACAGUGUUUCAAAGCAGGCUCACACAAAUCUGGUGAUGGUGGCGGUCCAUAUUUUCUUGGUGCUAGAGAAUGAUGCAUGAAGAUUUAUUUUGUAUAAAUGUUUAGAUGGGUGAAAAUUUCCUUUGUAUAUGUUUUAAUUUUCUUAGAGUUCUUCAUGAAUUUGCUUAAUUGGUCUCAAAAAGUUGCUUCAUGUGAACAUUGAGUUGAAUGGCAGUAUUAGUGAAGUAGAAAUAACCAGUGAGGAGAUUAGGAAGGGUGGUGGUGGUUGUGAUUCCAGUAAAAAGUUGCUCGUGAUACUACUUCUUUUCAUGUACUAAUUCACGUGGUUUCAAAAUAUGGAAAGUAACUUUUUUAUUCUA